CCCUGGAUGACGUUAAAUUGUAGUGCCUGAGACGGGUUCGAGACAAAACGAAAACACCCGGGGCUUUUGUUGUAUUUUCUUCAAAACACAGCACAAUGCCCAAAGUAAAGAGGAGUCGGAAGCCGCCCCCAGAUGGCUGGGAGCUUAUUGAACCCACUUUGGACGAGCUGGAUCAGAAAAUGAGAGAAGCUGAAACAGAGCCUCAUGAGGGAAAGCGAAAGGUAGAGUCCCUUUGGCCAAUUUUCAGGCUGCACCAUCAGCGGAGUCGAUACAUCUACGACCUGUUCUACAAAAGGAAAGCCAUCAGCAGAGAGCUGUAUGAGUACUGUAUAAAGGAAGGCUAUGCAGACAAGAAUCUGAUUGCCAAGUGGAAGAAACAGGGCUAUGAGAACCUGUGCUGCCUGCGCUGCAUCCAAACGAGAGACACCAACUUUGGAACCAACUGCAUCUGCAGAGUCCCCAAGAGCAAGCUGGAAGUGGGAAGGAUCAUUGAAUGCACCCACUGUGGAUGCAGAGGUUGCUCUGGCUAAGUGCAGUUUUUGGACAUCCAGCCUGUUUUCUGUCGGACAUCAGGGCUCACCCAGCCUCCAUCUGUGCACUCUCAUCACCCCAAAGCAACAUCAACUUUUAAUUCAGUCACCUGCAUUAGGAACAAUUCACUGACAUCUUCAUCACCAUCCUCAGCUGCCCUGACAGGGCAUCAGUACUCUUUUGCUUUUAAACAUACAGGAGCAAUGGAGAAUACACUGAGAGGGGCCAUCUUGUCUUAAAUACAUUUGUUUUUCUGUGUGUUGUUUUUUUUAUAUAUAUACCUAACAAAAGCCCUCAUCUCCUAAAGCUCAAAAAAGGAGCUUGAGGUUAGCUGUUUCUGGAUCAGGCCUGUCAUUCCAACUAGUCACACCCACUGUGAAGGUCAUUUUCAAUUGUAAUGUGUUUCAUUUCAUUUAUAGGGCUGGGAGGGAGAUGAUUUUUGUUUCAAAUGUCAUUGUCUGUUGUUUUAAACCUGAAAACUUUCUCUUCAAUGUUGUUAUUGUAGUAUAAUUUUAAAUAAAACAAUUCUGAUUUA